AUGGCUGCAGUUCUGACGGGCCUGGCUGUGGUGGCUGCCAGCUCCUAGGGGGUCUCCUACAAGGGGCUGACCUGCACGCUGUUCGUCUUCUUCCACCUGGCCUGGCGGCUGCACGUCAACUUCCUCUACCUCUACACCAUGGCUUCCAUGAUGCUCAACGUGCGUCUGCAGGUUCACACUGAGGACCCACCGAAGGUCCUCCCCAGACCCACCGAGGAGCACUAAGCACGAGGGACGGCAGUGGGGGCCUGGGGGAGGGAGGAGAUGCUGGGACGGGCUCCUGCAUGGCCUUGUGAGAUGCCAGAUAGCCCUGGCCCUGCGAGGCGUGGUCGUUGGGAUGGA